UACAAUCUACAGCAUCACAAUGGACACCGGCCCGGUAUCACCAGGUAACGCUGUAUCUUGUUGACGUCAUUAGCUAGCUUAGUUUAGCUAACACUAGCUAACUGACUCGAGCUUUACAGAAAGUUUUCAGGCGAAAAGUUCAUGUUAACACAACAAUGUGUGAAUGAAACAAUGGCCAAACCAGCACAGAAAACUUUAACAUACAAACCGACUUGGUCGCAGUUGUCUCGACAUAAACUUAAAUGCUCAGACGAUGCUAAUUAACGUUAGCUUAACUGUCGCUAACGGUUAACACCACAGGUAUAACCACUGACUGACUCACUGUGUUACAGCCGCACUAUAGCGCAGUGAUUUCACCUGAUGACAUCUAAAUUAAAGCCCCAGCUGGCUCCACUGCCACGGACAGAGAUCUUUGCAUACUGGGUGCUGUCCUUUGGCUCACACCUGUACUCUUUCUACCACCUGCACAGGUUCUCCGAAAAGCAUGAAGCAGGAUUACAGAGAGAAUUCCAGCUGGAAAAAGGCCUUAUUAAAGGUUAUAAAAGGGACCCAUCAGACUUCGAGUGGAGUUUCUGGACCGAAUGGGCAAAGAAGUCUUUGCUGUGGACUCUGAUUGGUCAUGGCGUAAUAUCAAGACUGACCCGCACCUUUUACCCCAAGCUCAGAGUGCCAGCACUCACGAUAUAUGGCCUCUUAGCAGCCAGCAGUGUGCUGGGGAUUAAAGGUGUGGGUGUGCUGCUGGUACAGCUGGGCCUUUCCUUUGCAGCAGCACAGCUGCGAAAGCCCGUUCUGUCAUGGGCCUGCAACCUGCUGCUGCUCUCCACACUUUACAUCCAGCCACUUCAAGAGAUCCAGAGAGGCUGGUAUAAGACCGAGGAGGAGUACUAUCUGCUGCUCUUCAGCGUUGCUGUCUGUGGUCUACGCUUCAUCAGCUUCAGCCUGGAGCACUGCUGGUGCCCUGCAGACCGUGGUGGAGUUGUGCAGCUCUGCUGGUUGUUUUCAUACACUUUCUAUCACCCUUUUUUCUACAAUGGACCCAUUAUCACAUACAAAGACUACGUUGAGCAGAUGCGGAGGCCUGCUGAGGAAGGUGACAGGGACGAAUCAGCAUUUAGCUACUUGGUGCUCAGAUCAGGACGGAUCAUACUAUGGUGGUGCAUUGCCGAAUACAUGAUCCAUGUAAUGUACAUGCACUCCAUCCAGUCUAAUGAGACCUACUUAGAGAUCCUCCCUCCCUGGGCCUUGGGCGGUCUGGCCCUGGCCCUCGUCCAGUUCUUCUAUGUGAAGUAUCUGGUGCUGUUUGGACUUCCAUCCAUGCUGGCUACUUUGGAUAAACUAGUUCCCCCAAAGCUUCCUCGUUGUGUCAGCAUCAUGUACAGUUUCACAGGGAUGUGGAGGCACUUUGACGAGGGCCUGUAUCGAUGGCUCAUCAGAUACAUCUACGUGCCGUUGGGAGGUUCGCGGCAUGGCCUUCUUCACAAAAUGUUAUCCACUGGCCUUGCGUUCGGAUUCGUCUGCCUCUGGCAUGGUGGCCAUGACUACUUACAGUACUGGGCUCUGAUGAAUUGGGCUGGAGUUCUGGUGGAAAAUGGACUGAAGUCUCUCUUCGCCUUGUCCUUUAUUCGCUCCAUUGUUGAGCAGAAUUUCUCCCCGGCGAUGGAGAGGCGUUGCGUUGCCCUUCUCUCUGCCUUCUCCACUGCUAUGCUCAUCCUCUCUAAUCUGGUGUUCCUUGGGGGGAUACAUGUUGGCAGAAUCUUCUGGAAGCGUGUCUUCAUUCAAGGCUGGUCCACCUUGUUCCCGCCUAUGCUGGCUUUCCUCUACUGCUUUGCUCAGAUUGGGCUUCAGUGGACUUCUCACCCACCAUGAGUCACCUUGACAUUUUAUCGGAGCGAGAAUCCCCGCCACGAGACAUCCCGAACAACCUGCUGAGUCCAGUGCCUUCUCCUCACCAGUCUCUGUGGCGAACCUGGCUCUUGGCCACAGAACCUGUCCAAACCUGGCCAAAGUGCAGCUGAGCAGCCACUUUUCACAAUCUGCAACACAAGGCAAAAUCUGCCUGUAAGCUGAGACUUAAAGGAUUCACUCCAGGAGAGAGUCUCCUACUUGUGGAAAAUGUUAAGUGCACACAAACUGUAAUAAAACAAGUGAAAUGCUGUAAAUCAGUGCGGUCUGAACGGAGCCUUUGGCAGUGCCAAUAAGCUACUCUGACUCACUGUUAUUCUAAGAAACUGUAAAAGAAAUAUGGACCCUGAAUCUGUCUCGGUUAUAUGACUCAGAUAAGGUAUUGCUCGCUGGUGCGGAGAGCCGUAGAAUGCUAAUUUCAUAUUUACCAUCCUUUAGCUCGCCACAGAAUUAUUUGUGUAUACAGAGGCAGACAAAAGGCACAGGAGACUGAAUAGAGCAGCAGGAACCCAAUCAAUGUCAUUAUUCCCUCUACAGAUGCAAUUUGGGUGAAGGAGAAUGACACUAAUAUUAGUAGAUGUAUUAUUAAAAGGCUCCAGACGGACUACACGUUAACUAAUUCAACACAGUAACAGUGAUAGAUGACAUUUAUCCACUGGAACGCAAAGGAAAGCUUUUUUUUUU